UAGAUCAACCAACUAUCUAUCUGCUGGUUGUAAUUUAUACACACACAAUCUGUAUCUAUAUAAAUCUAUUCAUCUCUGCUCUUCGAUAAAAAUCAUCUCUCUCUCUCGCAGCAAGUGUGAUUCGUGAAUAUGGCUCAAACUCAAGAAGAAGAGAUUGUUUUAGGCACUGCCAGCCCUGUUACAUCCGAUCACAAACGCAAGCACGACGAUUUGGAGUCCGACUCACUCCCACUCGCUCCUGAAUUGAACGGUAACUCGGAGCCUGACUCGGUUAGGAAAAUUGACGAGGUGGAGGAUGACAGCGAGGCCAAACGACAGCGUUUGGAUGAUAAGGAUGACGUGUCAGUAACGGCGGCGGAGAAUGGACACCAAGAGAGGGAAAAUGUUCCCGAGGAGGUCGGUGUAGAAAGUUUGACUCCUGCUGAGGAUGAUCAACAAGUAGCUGAAGAUGAAGCUGCCACUGGAGAAGUGGCCAAGCAGGUUAAUGAUGAGGAGUUGGCUGCUGAACAUCAACAGUACCAUGCUGCUCAUGAGAAUGAUAAACUGGAAAAUGCGGAAGAAAAAGCAGCUUCCGAUGGUGAACCUUUGAAAAACCCAGAACAAGUUGAGGCGCCUUCUGCUGAUAUUUCUCAACAGGAACUUGUCACUUCCGCUCAGAAUCAAGACAUGUCGGAAGGGAAAAGUAUGUCACGCAAAAUGGAAGUUCCCAAUAAUAAGGUUGGAGUUCUUAUUGGUAAGGCUGGGGAUACAAUUAGGUACCUCCAGUACAAUUCUGGUGCAAGGAUUCAGAUCACAAGGGAUGCCGAGGCUGAUCCUCAUUCUGGUAGCAGGCCUGUUGAACUGAUAGGAACUUUGGAAAAUAUAAUAAAAGCUGAGAAACUUAUCAAGGAUGUCAUAGCCGAGGCUGAUGCUGGAGGAUCCCCUGCUCUUGUAGCUAGGGGUUUUAACACGGUUCAAGCUGCUGGAGCUGGAGAACAAAUCCAGAUACAAGUUCCUAAUGAGAAAGUUGGUCUAAUCAUUGGAAAAGGUGGUGAGACAAUCAAAAAUCUGCAGACGAGGUCAGGAGCACGCAUUCAGCUGAUACCACAACAUUUACCCGAAGGGGAUCAAUCAAAAGAAAGGACUGUGAGAGUGACCGGUGAUAAGAAACAGAUUGAGUUGGCAAGAGAGAUGAUAAAGGAAGUUAUGGAUCAGAUGGUAAGGCCAUCGUCUAUUUCCGGUGGUUAUAAUCAACAUCAGAAUUCUCGUCCUCUUGGUCCUGCUGCUCAUUGGGGGCCCAGAGGUCAUUCUUCCCAGCAAGGUGGUUAUGACUAUCAGCAACGUGGACCCUACCAAUCUCACAAUCAGCAGUAUCCGCAUCAGCCAUAUGGAAAUUAUCCUCCACAACAAAUGGGUCCACGAAGCAAUGUUGGCUGGGAACAAAGGCCACAUGGACCUCAUGGUGGCUAUGAUUACUAUGGUGGGCCUGGUCAUGCAUCUGAUGCUUCAAAACCUAUUCAUACUCAUGCACCAGGUCCUUCACCUAUGAUGGGUCCACCACCUUCACAGCCAAAUUAUAACUAUGGACAGCCACAAGGUGGAGACUAUGGACAGCCUCCUUAUUCCCAGACCACUCCACCUGUACAGAGCUAUGGUCAGGGGUACAAUGAAACCAAAUAUGAUAAUCAGGGAGCCAUGCAACAGCCGUAUGGGGGGCAUGUUGCUCCACAGCAACCGUCUGCUUUUCCUCAGGGUACUGCACCAGGCUAUGGUCAGCAGGAUCAAUAUGGAAGGCCGCCAUCAUUUGGCAUGCCACAACAGGGACCUCAGGUCCAAUCCUAUGGCCAACCUAGAGCUGCCCAACCUGCCAAUAUGCCGUAUCAAGGUCCCAUUUCCUCUUAUGGUCAGGCUGCCCCAACCCAACAGCCUUACCCUUAUGCAUCUGGCGGACAAAUGCAGCAAACAUAUCCUCCUUACAGUUCUGCACCUGCUGUAGAUGCGUAUAAUCAGCCAUUAGCUACGGCAGCUGCAGGUUAUCCACAGCAAGGUGUGCAACCUGUUUCAGGGUAUGGCCAGGCUGGGGUGCAGCAGGCUUCUGGAUAUGCUCAGGCUGGAACAACUGGAGCUUAUGUUCAGUAUCCAUCAUCACAACCAGGUUAUACUGAACAAGCUGCCCCAAACACUGCCGCUGCUUAUGGGGCGUAUCAGGGGACUGAAGAUCCAGCCUAUAGUGGUGCUCCUGCUGCAUCUUAUGGUGCACAACCUGUUGUGCAGCCUACAUAUUCUCAACCAGCUACGGCUCAGCCAGUAUAUGAUCAAUCAGUCCCCCAGUCAGGCGGCUAUGCAACUGCUCCAGCUGCUUAUCGUUGAGAAUAAGCAUGGAGCUUUCCUUAGUAUGAUGCAAGCAGAUGUACGGUGCUUAACCUUGAGAAUUUUGAUUAUGUGAUGUCAACUAGCCAAACUCUAUUUCAGACUAGAUACUAUUGUUGUCUGUUUUAGUUAAUUCUAGAGAUGUUGUCAAUUUAGAUAGCCAUUUCCCUUGAUUUUCUGACCAGAUAAUCCAGUGCAAAUCUUCUAUGAAUAUCUAAAGUUGGCACUA